GACCCGCGCUCCCGUCCGGACGGUAUUUCCAGCCGGAAACUCAUAACUGUCCGUUUGGGGAGUCCGUCCGGGUAGGGGCCACUCUGGUUCAGGUUCUUUGGAGACGACGCAGCAUGGAGGCCCCUCCUGUGACCGUGAUGCCAGUUAUCGGUGGAGCCAUCAACAUGAUGGAGUACAUUCUACAGGGGAGUGUGCUGGACCAGAGCCUGGAAAGCCUUCUCCAUCGCCUGCGCGGACUUUGUGAUAACAUGGAGCCGGAGACGUUUGUCGAUCACGAGCUGGUCUUCCUGUUGAAAGCUCAGCAGGGAAGCCCAUUCAUCCUGCGGGCGCGGCGUUCCGUGGACAAGCCGAACGUGCCGUGGCUGCUCCGCUACCUCGGGCAGCCGGAGAUCGGCGACAAGAACAGGUCGGCCCUGGUGCGGAACUGCGUGGACAUCGCCACGUCGGACAACCUGACGGAGUUCCUCACGGAGAUGGGCUUCCGGAUGGACCACGAGUUCGUGGUGAAGGGCCACAUCUUCCGCAAAGGGAUCAUGAAGAUCCUGGUGUCCAAGGUCUUCCGCAUUCUGCUGCCCAACAACCUGGAGAACAUCGAGCCCCUGUCGCUGUCCUACCUCGUGGAGCUGAACGUGGUGGCUCCUCCCGGCCAGGAUGCAGUUUCAGACGACAUGAAGAACUUUUCAGAGCAGCUGAAGCCUUUGGUUCAUCUGGAAAAGGUUGACCCAAAAAGAUUGCAUCAAGUGUCCUGAGUCUCCAUGGUGUGUGGGUAAGACUGUCCGUGGCACUGAGAACUGUCCUGCUUCGUUCACUGAACUGUAAAUAGUUUUGUAAUAAACUCAGGAUUUCUUUUG